AUGCUGCAGCCCGUCCCUGCAGAGUCGUUAGCUCUGCGCGCGACCGUGACAGCGAUCGAGAUGGCGAGCUGGCUAGCAUCCCUCGUGCUGGCGUCGAUUGUGGCCGUGGGCAGUGCAACAAGCUACGGGGGCUACCACCAGGACAGCCGACCGCACGGAGACCAUGAUCCACGUGUGGGACCCGGAAUGACUGUAUCGGCUCACUUCGAGAUGGCCGGGAUUCGAGGUGAAAUCUGCUUCAAUCAGGCGGAACCUGGUGCUAACGUUACCAUCACUGUCAAACUCACUGGCCUUGAGCAGUACGAGCCGCAGGAAUUUGACUGGAGCAUCCACGAGUUUCCUGUCGAGUUCACCGAGUACCCAGACUUCCCCUGCGAGUUUGGCAACGGCCAAGGAAGAGGAAGAGUGGGGGGUAUUUACGGCGAUCCUGUCUUAUGCGCCGGACCGCCGCAGAACGUGAUCGAGAGGGGUUGUGUUGGCAAUGUGGGAUUCCGGCAUUCACCAUUGGAGGCUACUUCUGAGCCGCAGGUGUUCUCAGACGAUGUUCUAAGUUUGUUUGGUCCGGAUUCCCCCAUCGGUCGCUCCAUUGUCAUCAGAAGCACACUUCGUGUUCCCUCCAUUGCCUGUGCCAACAUCGAGUACCAGGGUGUCAAGCUGCACACGUACAGGGCAGCUCUUAGUGACCAGCUGAGCGGUGACGUCAUCCUCCGUCGCCAGAACGGUCGGUCUGGUACGACUCUGCGUGCUGAGUUCACUCAAUCCUGUGAUACAACUGUUCGUCAAUUCAUUGACCAGCCACCACCAGAGUUACUUUGGUACCUCAGGAGUGGAACUUGCGACAACAUUGGACCGGUGUAUGGUAACAACACACACGUAGAUGAAAUACACCACGGUGCCUUUCAGCGAUGCUCUCGUGAAAAUCCACGGGGAUGCCCGGCUGGUGACCUCAAUACAAAGUGCGGAUCUCUCCUUCCCGAAGUUUUUGAUAAAGACACUCCCGAACUUGAGGAUGAUGUUCUCAGAUAUCGAGCAUUUUGCCACGACGACCAGCUUGGCCUUCUCUCUAAGUCCCAGAUAGAGGACACCAUCCUCGUGUUCCACGAUGCAAUCACUCUUGGUGUUGUCGAGUGCGCGACCUGGAGUAAGAUCAACCAGCUGUGUGCCCGUGUCAACUGCAUCAAGAGGCCCCGUAUCAACAUCGACGUCUUGUUUUUCCAGAGCGACCCCAACGAUCGUACACACGUCCGCGCCUACAUAACUGGUCUGGACCAAGAGAAGGCGUACUUGCAGGUCCGAACAGACAAAGUCACCGACACGAGUGAAUGCGAAGCUGGUGGAAUCUACGACAAGCCACGCAUUUUCACCAACGCGCUCAUCUCCAAUUCACACGUGGGUGACAAACCAACGGGUGAUGUUCUUCCCGUUGGGGUCCUCGAGUACAAAACCACCAGCCCCCGUGGGCGGGAGAGCGUUGUCAGGCAAGACACGACAUCCUGGCUGCCUCUGUUUGGACCGUUUAGCAUCAUCGGUCGCUCGCUUGCCCUCGCGGACGAAAACGGUGUUCCAGUGGCUUGUUGCAACAUUUUGCCCGUCGAUAAUCCCAGCCCAGAGCUUAUCAACUCUGUUCUGGGUUACCAGGAACAGACCAACAGGCCGGGAGGAAAAUAACUCUAAUGAAUGAUCGUACUGUGCUUGAACCCUAGAACACAAUUUGAGUACGAAGCUUAGUAUGUAAACUUGCAGAUGUGUAUGUAUACAUCCAAAUUUCGUAAGGACAGUUGGACUGUGUAUGCGGUGUAUUACAUGGCAGUGUAAUAUUGUGGACAUGUGCAGUUUUCAUUAAUGCACACAAUUACUUUGCAUUUGACCAGCCCAUAUUUUGUACGUGCAUAAUCCUGCUACUAUACCUGUAUGCCCUAAGACCUCUAUUCCCUUGGACACAAUACCACUGCACACAAACACAGAGUGGUCAGAUGACGAAGCGGCCACUAGGAAAAGACCUCUCUGGUCACUCCUGUGCAAAAUGAUCGACACACAAACGACAAGUGGGUGAUUCUCUGGAGAGAAGUCUAAUGGAGAGACUAGAGAACCUGAGGCGGG